CUGCAAAUUAACAGGCUUUACCAGUUUCGACUUCUUUUCCCUAGAGACCAUCAGCAACAUUUCAGGGAAGUAAUUGAAUUCGCCGACGGAGGUGCUCUGGGAAUUGAUUGGCUCUACGCCGAUGACUGCAAGGACGAUGCCCCAAUAGUUCUUUUCUUACCAGGAAUAACAGGAUCAACCCGAGAUUGUGCGUACAUAUUGUAUCCAGCUAUUGUAUCCAGCUCGAGAAAUGUAUACAGCGGUAAGGUGGAGGGUACGUUGAUAAUCCACGUGGGCUUGGAGGAGUUUCAACUACGGAAUAAAAUAUUGAAAAAUUUAUCGGAUUUCGCCUAA